AUGGAGGAAGAAGUUGCCGCUCUCGUCAUCGACAAUGGCUCUGGCAUGUGCAAGGCUGGUUUUGCCGGUGACGAUGCACCGCGAGCCGUAUUCCCCUCGAUUGUCGGCCGUCCUCGCCAUCAUGGCAUCAUGAUAGGCAUGGGCCAGAAAGACUCCUAUGUCGGCGACGAAGCCCAGGCCAAGCGAGGCAUCCUCACCCUGCGCUACCCCAUCGAGCACGGCGUCGUCACCAACUGGGAUGACAUGGAAAAAAUCUGGCAUCAUACCUUUUACAACGAGCUUCGCGUGGCCCCUGAGGAACACCCCAUCCUGUUGACCGAGGCGCCGAUCAAUCCCAAGUCAAACCGCGAAAAGAUGACGCAAAUCAUUUUCGAGACCUUUAAUGCCCCUGCAUUUUAUGUCCAGAUUCAAGCUGUCUUGUCCUUGUACGCCUCCGGUCGCACCACGGGCAUUGUGCUCGACUCUGGCGAUGGCGUCACCCACGUCGUGCCUAUCUAUGAAGGAUUUGCACUCCCGCAUGCGAUUGCACGUAUUGACAUGGCAGGGCGUGACCUUACGGAUUACCUCAUGAAGAUUCUGGCCGAGCGUGGGUACGCCUUCUCGACCACAGCUGAACGCGAGAUUGUCCGUGACAUCAAGGAAAAACUGUGCUAUGUGGCGCUUGAUUUCGAACAAGAGAUCCAGACAGCCGCACAAAGUUCGAGCUUGGAGAAAUCGUACGAGCUACCUGAUGGACAGGUCAUCACCAUCGGAAAUGAACGCUUCCGUGCUCCCGAGGCCUUGUUCCAACCAUCUGUUCUUGGUCUCGAAGGUGGCGGCAUUCACGCGACCACGUUCAACUCCAUCAUCAAGUGUGACGUCGAUGUCCGAAAGGACUUGUAUAACAACAUCGUCAUGUCUGGUGGCACCACCAUGUACCCCGGCCUGGCCGACCGCAUGCAGAAGGAGCUGACGAACCUCGCGCCGACAUCGAUGAAGGUGAAGAUUAUCGCCCCGCCCGAGCGCAAAUACUCUGUGUGGAUCGGUGGAUCGAUUCUGGCCUCGCUUUCGACAUUCCAGCAGCUCUGGAUUUCCAAGCAAGAGUAUGAUGAGGCCGGUCCUUCCAUAGUCCAUCGCAAGUGUUUCUAA